AUGGGGUUAUAUGCAGUACGACAUCCACGGUUAAAUUCAAUUGGAAACAGCAGAAAUUCAAGAAGUGGAGUUAGCGGAGAAACAACUCCGCUGUCACGUGUAUGGCACGAGAAAGCAAAGUUGUUAUUUAUCAUCACCACUCGAGGACAUCAUCGAGAAAGAUAUAUUGGUACUGGACAACGCUAUACAACAAUGCUCCGCUUCAGCCGCAUACUUGGUCCAAUCUCACCACGUUUUUUACUUCGACAAGCUCCCAUAACCACCAGACCAUGGCUCGCUCGCUCCCUCCAAACAACCUAUGUACAGCACAAACUAUUUGGGGGCCACAAGAAACAUGCAGAUCCGUUGAGCAAGUCAACUACCACUGUCAAUCCAGCUCCUGUCGAAACUGCACAGGACGAUCCGCUCAAGUCGUCACUGUCCCAGUCACCACUUCCAGCAGAAGGACCAACUGAACAUGAUUUCAAAACCCACCCCAUUCUCAAGCGUGUACCCAAGUUUCUUCGUAACUACACGGCCAAAUUCGUCAAUGCACCUUUUUCACACUUGGUUGCCUUCAUUGUACUUCAUGAACUCACAGCUGUUAUUCCGUUGAUUGGUAUUUGGUAUUAUUUGCAUCAGCAUCCUGGUUUUAUCCCAUUGGAUCUCCCGCAGUGGGCUUUGACUAAAGGGGCCAAGGUCAUUGAUUCGGCAAUGGGUCAGUUCGAUUGGAGCUUCAAUACAAGUGACAAGCUAUCAGUGAUUAUGGAAGGGGCUUAUGCUUUUACAAUUGUCAAGUUGUUUUUGCCGGUUAGAGUUGUAAUAAGUUUAUGGGGGAUGCCUUGGUUCGCCAAAUGGUUUGUUUUACCAAUAACCAAUUUGUUUGGUAAUUGGAAGAAGUUGAGAAGAGCAAAGAAGGAGGGUAAACCUGUGGAUGCAAGAAUUAAAACUAAACAAGUGGAUAAACCUAGAUUAUAG